GUAAGAAUCGAAUAAGUAAAUGCAGCUGCUGAUAACAGAAAGCCACAGCAACAAAACCAAUUAACCCCACUGGCCCUUAUCGAAACCCAAGCACCAACAGAUACAUAUAAAUAGGAGUACUAUUUGCUCUGUCUAGACAGUCGCUGGUCGCAGUCGUCACUAUCUGUGAACCUGACACAGGUAGGCAGACAUUAGUAGACAUACACCAUGAUCAGUUGUCGCCCAGUUGCUAUUCAGGCUAGCCUGCAGAACAAGUCCAAGCAGACAGCGCGCAUUGUCAUCGUUGGAUCAGGCGCCUCGGGCAUUGCAGCUGCCACACGGCUGCUUGAGCAUGGCUUCACGCAUGUGAGCAUCUUGGAGGCAGAGAAUCGCAUAGGCGGACGCAUAAAUACGAUUCCAUAUGCGGACAACGUCAUCGAUCUGGGUGCACAGUGGUGCCACGGCGAAGUGGGCAAUGUGGUCUAUGAGCGGGUCAAGGAUCUGGAUAUCGUGACAAAACCGGGCGACUUAACCAACACUUUUCGCUUUCUGCGCUCCAACAAGCAAAUCGUCCCAGAGGCAAUGGCCAAUGUCCUGAGAACAGCCGCCGGCAACUCUAUACCAGAUGGACCCAAUGCCUACGAUGGGUCCAUGGGUGAAUAUCUAACCCAGCAGUAUUGGCAGGAGGUAGCCAAGAUUCCCGAUGUGGAUCGCGACAUAGCCGAGGAGAUGUUUGAAUGCUUUAAGCGAGGCGAAUGCGGCACUGAGGGCUCGGAUACUCUAUUCGAACUUUCGGGUCGUAGCCACCUGGAGUUUGUCGAAUGCAAGGGCGAACUGUUGAUCCACUGGCGGGAUAAGGGCUACAUAACCUUUCUUCGAUUGCUCAUGCAAGCCAAGGAGAAUGACCCCCAGGAUCUGGGUGUGCUCAAUGGUAAAGUACAGCUGAACAAGCGCGUCACACGGAUUAACUGGACAGAUGGACAGGCGUUGCCUUGCCGGAAUGCAGAAGUGAUUACGGCGGAUCAUGUCAUUUGCACGGUGUCCUUGGGUGUUUUGAAGAAAGAACAUCGUAGUCUGUUCGCGCCCGUUCUGCCAGUGAGCAAGGUGCGAGCCAUCAAUGGACUCAGUCUGGGCACCGUGAACAAGCUCUUCUUGGAGUUCGCAGUGCAGCCGCUUCCUCAAAACUGGCCUGGCAUUGAUUUCCUUUGGAUGGAGCAGGAUCUCAAGGAGCUGCGUUGUAGCAAGCGCUUCUGGGUGGAGAGCAUCUCCGCAGUGCAUAGAUUUGAAGAUCAGCCGCGCAUGCUGGAGGGCUGGAUCGUUGGCGAGCAUGCACGCUAUAUGGAGACCCUGCAGGAUGCCGAGAUGCUCGAGGGCUUGAUGUGGAUGCUCCGCAAAUUUCUGCCCUUUGAUGUGCCGCAACCGCUGAACUUCCUACGCACGCAAUGGCACUCGAAUCCCAAUUUCCGUGGCAGCUACAGCUUUCGCAGCAUCCAUACGGACGACCUGAGGACAGGGCCCUGGCAGCUGGAGGCGCCUCUGUUUGAUGUUGACGACAAGCCAAGAUUAUUAUUCGCUGGAGAGGCUUCGAGCAGAACCCACUACUCCACGGUGCAUGGCGCCACGGAGACGGGCUGGCGGGAGGCGGAUCGGCUGAAUCUAUACUAUUCCUAAGCAGCGGCUCAACUUACUGAUGUGAACCCAAUUUAAAAUUUAGACUGAAUGCACCACACUAACUAGAUCAGUUCACAUCAACUGAGUUGGCUAAUUCCUAGCUCAAAUUUCAAGUAUGCGAAAAUAUAUGACACUUUUUGGUACACGCAAACGGAGCUUUUACCUA